UGGGGAGGAGUUCAGUGCCGGAAGUGAUCACGGGGCAGUAGAAGGGCGGAAGCGGGCGCUAUUCCACCGAGAUGAGCGGAGAGGAGGAGCCCACCGGCCUGUUCGGUGCGGAGGAGGAGCUGGCGAGCCCGCCGGAGGUGACGGACGAGGAAUGUUUACUGAGGAAGAUGGAGAUCGGCGUGUCGGAGGCGGAGAAACGCACGGGGAAGAACGCGGGGAACAUGCAGGAAACCUACACGGCGUAUCUGAUAGAGACCAGGUCCCUGGAGAGUCCCCCCGAUGGGCAGAAUUCACUGGAGUCCCUCUGGAGGCGGUACAGCGAGUUCGAGCUGCUGCGGAACCACCUGACCGUCGCCUAUCCCUUCGUGGUGGUCCCUCCGCUGCCGGAGAAAAGGGCAGAAUUUGUGUGGCACAAGCUGUCCGCCGAUAACAUGGAUCCGGACUUUGUGGAGAGGAGACGGAUCGGCCUGGAGAACUUCCUGCUGCGCGUGGCGGCUCAUCCCGUCCUCUCUCAUGAUAAACUCUUCACCACCUUCCUCACCCAGGAGAACGGCUGGAAGGAGGCUGCGAAUGAGGCCGCGCUGCAAGUAAAGACCGACUCCAGGCUGAAGGCGCUGAACGCCACGUUCCGCGUGAAGAACCCGGACAAGAGAUUCACCGAGCUGAAACAUUACAGUGAUGAGCUGCAGUCC